CGAGAGGAGGAAGGUUCCUGUAUUACACAGCGUACAGCGGUACACUCGUUUAUUCUACUAUUAGCUCCCAGAGAGAGAUGGCUGAAGUCGCUCCCGCUCCCGCCGCCGCGCCGGCCAAAGCGCCCAAGAAGAAGGCAGCUUCGAAGACCAAGAAAACAGGUCCUAGCGUCGGCGAGCUCAUCGUCAAAGCGGUUUCCUCGUCCAAGGAGAGGAGCGGCGUGUCUCUUGCCGCCCUGAAGAAAGCUUUGGCUGCCGGCGGAUACGACGUGGAGAAGAACAACUCUCGCGUCAAGCUCGCCGUCAAGGGCCUCGUUACUAAAGGCACUCUGGUGCAGACCAAAGGGACCGGCGCGUCUGGAUCUUUCAAGCUGAACAAGAAGCAGACCGAACUUAAGAAGCCCGCAAAGAAAGCCGCGCCCAAAGCGACAAAGGCGGCCGCCAAAAAGCCCGCCGCGGCUAAGAAGCCCAAGAAAGUAGCGGCCAAGAAACCCGCAGCCAAGAAGUCUCCCAAGAAGACGAAGAAGCCCGUCGCUGCCGUCAAGAAAGCCACCAAAAGCCCCAAGAAGGCCAAAAAGCCGGCGACCCCCAAGAAAGCAGCCAAGAGCCCCAAGAGGGCCAAAAAGCCGGCGACCCCCAAGAAGGUAAAGGCUGUAAAGCCCAAAGCGGCGAAGGCCAAAAAGGCUCCCAAGAAAAAGUAACCGUGUUUCUUAUGUUUUUUACUCCUCAAACGGCUCUUUUAAGAGCCACCCAUAUUUUCCCUUAAACAGCUGUUUCCUAUUCUGAUAAACAAGAGAAACAAAAUGAUGACUUCAUGAUGACUUUAGUGGAUUCUGUACCGAGUGUUUAGGCAGCUACAGACUUGUACAUUCACCUUCACAUAAACGUAUGAACAACUAGGGACAAUUGGACAGUUUACAUUUU